AUGUCUGUAGCGCACCCGACCGCUUCGGCAGCGGCCACCGAAGCUGCCUUUCUUGCGGCCAACCUAGGAACACCAGAGUGGAUCACUUCACUCUUUGCACUGUUCGGCCUAGACGUUCCAGUCUGGCUCACACCACUGCUCACCUUCAUCGCCUUUCUCGCUCCCAUUCCAAUCCUCAUCCUCUUUCGUAGUCGUUCCAGACCUCGUCAAACACACAUUCCGCCCUACCGAGAGCGAGUCGUCAUCCUGGGAGCAUCUUCCGGAGUGGGCAAAGAGUUGGCAUUGAGCUAUGCGGAAAGGGGAUGUAGACAAUUGUUGUUGGUUGCUAGGAGAGCGGAUGAGUUGGAAAGGGUCAGAGCGGAAUGCGAUGUGAUCAGAUUAAAGGGAGAAGAGUGGGAGAUGAGCGAUGAAGCGCCUGGCUACAAGGAGAGAGGCUCGCUCAAGACACUCUCCCUCGCUGCCGACUGCUCCAAGGCCGAGCAGGUGGACAAGAUCAAGCAGACGGUGCUCGAUGGUGAGUGACCGCAUACAAAUGGAAAUACGUGUCGUAAGCGGGAACGUAGUCUGGCACUCCUGGCUCACCUCCUCGCGCGUCCGACUCUACCAUAGCUUUCGGUGGUUUGGACACUGUGCACCUCCUCUUCGGACUCUCCGCUCUACGUCCUGUGCUGGGAAUCGCAGAUAUAGAUCCCAUCCGCAAGGGCUCUUCUUCCCUCCGGAACGGCAGUCUCGGAUCAUCGCAAGAGCCGGAGUAUGCUUCGUUGGCUGGAUUGGAAGCUGUCCGAUUCGCCACGAAUCGCAUCAACGAGGUCAACGUGACUGCCACCGCUUUGUGCGCCACGGCUCUGGUGAGUGUCACCGUGACGGUCGAAGCGUUGUCCGAAUACAAGCGCUAUUUCCCUCUUGUCUGGAUGGAAUCUCAGCUGACUCCAGACUUUUCGAUUUCAUGCUGGACAUCUGGCCGCAGCUGCCCAUCCUGCAGCUGACAUCCAGCGCACCCAGCUUUGUUCUUCUAAGCAGCAUCGCAGCCCUCGUCCCCGCGCCCACUCGAGCCCUGUACGGCUCCUCCAAAGCUGCUCAGCUCCUCUUCUUUCAAUCUCUGGCGCUCGAAGCCCAAUCUCAUGCCCAAUCGACGCGUCGCCUGCGGAACGAAGCCGCUUCAAAUCAGACAAUGGGCUCAAAGAAGAGAGCAUCGGUCUCCUUCCUGGCCAUCUUGCCGGGAACAAUCAAGACGGAUUUUAGGUCUAGCGCAGUGGAUGGAGAUCCCACUUCUGCCGGCGCUUUCGACGCUUCUCAUCCGUCCCAGGGCGAAAAAGGAGCCAAAGACGUGCUGCUUCCCAAGGAAGUGGCCGAUUUGACCAUACUCAAGACGGAUCAGUACGCCACGGGCGAAGUGGCCCUGCCGAGCAAGUACAAACAUAGUAGACUUGCGCGAGCGCUCGUGUAAGUUGUCGAGUUGCGCUGCCAUCUCGAAGGGCGAAGCUGGGUUUCCUGACGCGCCUAUGCUUCUUGCUUCCCAGACCUGGUCUACUGGGCAGACUGGCACACAAAAAGUACGGCUACUGA